AUACACGAGUUGUGCGAACAAAGAAUUAGCUACUGUGAUCGCCGCCCGCCGUGUCAGUGGUCAACCUUAACUUGGAUCAUGUUUGGAAAUAGUGAUAGUAUAAUGAAUUCAAUUGAAAUGGCAUUUUAACUUUUCGUUCAGCCUCAGGUUUAAACGGAGGAGCAGCAAUGCACCAGUGCGGUGAUGAACAAUACGAUCCACGAACAGCAAUAUGCUGCGGUGGCCAAGUCGAGCGGCCGCAGUCAACCUCCUCUUCAAUCCGAGCGUGCUGCGGAGGAACAGAGACUGGAACGUUUUACUUCAUUGGGCAACAGGUUUGCUGUGGCGGCAGUCUCAAAGCUAUUACAGCAGAUCUUAAGUGUUGCAGUGAUCAUCGGUUCUAUAACGAAAGCACCCAUACUUGCUGUGGAGCUGAAAUUAUCGCCAAAUCCGAAGGAAAAGUGUGUUGUCCUGGACCCAAUAACAGAUGGCAAGGAUUCUCAGGGGACAGGGAAGGAAACCCGGAGUGUUGUGGAACCAGCGGUCCAUACUGGCCAGAGACACAGCUCUGCUGUCAGGCCGGAACUUCUGCAAUCAGAGAGCGACUGGGUGGGGAGCACGACGAGUGCUGCGGUCUGAACAGAAUGGACGCUUCAACUCACAUGUGCUGUGGAAGGGAGCAAAGACUGAGGGAGCCAUUCAUGGAAUGUUGUGGCCGUGAUACCUACAACGUGAUAACAGAAAUUUGCUGUGGAGGUGUUAUAGUCCCAAGAGGUCCAAAUGGUGGAUACGAGUGUUGUGGUCGUCUCUCUUACAAUCCACAGAAUGAAGUCUGCUGUUUCGGUCGGGUUCAUCCAAUCGGUAAUGGGAAAUGCUGCACGGGAGCAAGACAGUCCGUGAACCCCUAUCAGCCAGGCGAGCAGUCUUGUUGUAACUCUCAGAUCAGUUCUCUCCCCGAGAUUCCUGGCAUCAAGGAGUGUUGCAAUGAUGAAGCCUACCUCACUUCAUCUAAAAUGUGCUGUAAUGGAAACCUUUUUGACAGAGAAGAAAACAUGGAAUGCUGUGGAAGUGAUACCUAUAACACCAACACCCAUCUUUGCUGCAACGGAAGCAUUCUCCCCAAGCUGUUACCCAAUGACCAGUGUUGCGGAUCCCAGAGGUUCGAUCCCACUUUCCAAACGUGCUGCCUGAACCAAGUUAAAACGGGAGUUGGAAAAUGCUGUCGAUUGAGCAUGGAGGAGGCCCAGGUAUACGAUGAACAGACCCAAACCUGCUGCGGGAGCAUGGAUUGGAAUACUGAUGAUUAUUCCGGAAAUAUUUAUGAUGUGCCUCCAUCACCCACUUCGUGCUGUGGAGCUCACCUCCUUGCAGUCAAUCAACUCUGUGACAACGAUAAGCCAAUUGAGAAGGAUGAUUCUACUCACAAUGAAAUUUGUUGGUACUACAAUAACAAUGGUAUUCUCACAAAGGUGACAUUCAACAAAGAACAGAAGUACUGUGACAUCUUUAAUGGUUUGACUGCGAUUCCUCCUGGUCACAAGCUCUGUGGAAGUGGUACUUAUAAUCCCGAGACACAUCUGUGUUGCGAUGACCACGUUCAUUCGAUCGACCCUCGUGCCAAUGCCCGCACAGAUUGCUGUGGUUUCUAUGCCUAUGACAAGACCUGGCAAUCCUGUCUCCUUGGAAAGGUCUUCGAUGGGAUUCCUCAAGAAUAUGCAGGAUAUUGCCGCGAUAAGGUAUUUGACAACCGAACCGACAAGUGCGACAUCAAUUUUGAGAUCCGUCCUAUUAGCGAGGUGAUGGUGUAUCCGGAGAGGUGCGGCACCGAACCUUACGAUCCUGCCUAUAAGGAAUGCUGUAAUGGGGUGCUGAUAGCAUCCGGCUUCACCUGCUGUGAGGGCCUACGAGCUUGGGAGACCCCAGGGACAUUGCUAGGAGAAGGCCAAUGUUGCUCCAAUCCACGGGAUGGCUCUUCUAAAGGCUACAACUCUCAAACACAUGUCUGCUGCCUGGGAGAGGUUUACGACAGCAGAGGAAGAGAUAUCGAAUGCUGUGGCUCAAAUGCCUACGAACCUUCAGACUCUAGUUCUAUGUGCUGCGGACAGCGCAUCCAUGACGUCGCCGACGGAAAGACGGAAUGCACAGGGACCACGCCGCACCGGACUGACCAGGUUGUCUGCGAUGGGGUCGUUCAUCAAGCCGCCUCCAACAAAGUCUGCUGCGGGAAGAGUCUUAUAGACCCAGAGAACCGUGUAUGCUGCAAUGAUGUUCCAUACGCGAAAGAAAGUCAAAACACCCAAUGCUGUGGCAAGGUAUCUUACGAUUCAUCAACCCAAACAUGCUGCGAGUCUUCUGUCUACCAACGUCGAUCCUCAGAUCACGAAUGCUGCGGCCAUCUCUAUUACGACACCCAGGAACAGGAAUGCUAUCAGACAGGGGGACAUUCUUACGUUUUCAGCACUGACGCACUGGAGGAUGAAGCCAUGCUGUGCCUGACGGGAAGUUACGACUCCACUCGGCAUACGUGUUGUGGGGGCAUCCUCCACAAGCACAUCGUCAACGGCGAGUGCUGCGGGCACCGGGUUGUGCGCAACCCCGAUGAAGAGAUAUGCUGCGGCGGGAAGUUGAAGCGCAAGGAACGCGGAUACACGGAGUGCUGCGGAGGGAAUCUCUACAACCCCAAGGUGAACCAGUGCUGCGGAGGGAAGAUCUUAUCACGUUACUCCAACUUCCGUCAAUGCUGCAAUGAUCGCAUCAUUCGUACGGGCGAAGAGUGUGUAAAUAACUAGUCAUUGUUGGCUAACGCAAGUUACACUGAAAUAUUCUUACCAAGAAAAUCAGUUCUGAGUAUCUUAAGUAAAUGUACAUGAUCUGAUAUUUAUUUGCGAAAUUGAUAGAUGUGAUACUCCUCACCUAUUCAUCAUGCUUUUAUUCAGUAAACUGUUGUUUCAGAUUGAAUUUCCAUUCAUGACCCUGCUGCCUUGUUACUUAAAAAUUCACGGCAUAAUUAUGACAAGCCAUCAGUAUUUUUAAAAAAUUGUUUCAUAUAAGGAAUAUAGUUAUUCAAGGAAAGAAAAAUUACAGCACCUUGAUAUUUUUGUAAUUAAUAUGCUAUUUAUUCAUGGCCUUGAUAAAGAAAGCAAGACUUGAAAUUAUUUUGUAUACUUGUAUUUCAUAUUUACAUGUAGCCAAUUGCAUACAGUAUGUAUGACUGGCCCCUUAUAUGUGGGAUCAUUCCGAAAUGAUUUGUCUCUCUUUCUACUUCAUAUUAAAUGUUGUCAUGCUCUCUGAUUAUUGUUGCUUGAGAAUUUCAUGACAUAUAGAUUAAGAAUGGAGGAUUAUUGGCAUCGGACAUAUAAAAACGUUGAUUAUUUCAAAGAAUUGCCCAUGUUUUGAAAUUAUAUGUAUUAUUCAUGAAGAAACGAUAUCUUACUACAUUUUAUGUUAUCAAUGUAUUUAUAUAUAUAUGUUGUUUGUUUUUCUUGUAUACAUGUACAAGUAAAUAAUAUGUUCACAAAGCAGCCAGAUUUAGAAGAGAUAUUAUCUUGUAUGUCAAAUUGACACAUAUCAAAUAUGCUGAAAGUGAAUUAUACUUGGAUAUAUACCAGUGUUUCACCACUACCAUGUAGUGGCGAACUCGUGGGAGAAGAAUAAAUAACUCGCUAUGUCACUAGCUUGUUCAUAUGUAUCGGCCAUUCAUAGGCCACAACUAAUGUGUAAGUAAUUAUCGGCAUUUCUGCUAAAUGAUCUUCCAUGUGGAAGCAAAGAAAUUUUUUAGUUCAUAAGAAUAGAUUGUAUAGAACUUUGGUCACUUUUAGAGUUCUAGGAUUUAAGUAUUUAUGGUUUACUUUUAUUACAAUGUUGCUUUAUAUUUGAAUAGUUUAAAUACCAAUUAUUUGCUUCCGUAAUUGUGUUAUGUUUAAUAAGAUUUGAUGCCGUGGCCAAUGUCAAUAUUCCAUUUUUACAAAUUUUGAAGGUGUUUUGAAUUUUGUGUUCGAUCGAAUUGAAUACACGCUAAAUGAGAGAGAAAUAUUUCAAAUUAUGUAUUUCCACAUUACAACUACUGGAAUUAUUACAAAUAAAGUUAAUACAUAUUACAUUCCUCUGGAAUUCAUCCAAAUUAUUAUGAUUGCAAUGCAUCUUCUUUUGCUGAGAAAUCAGUUUAAUUCAUGAAAUAUAUGUUUUCAUCAUUAUGAAGAUAAAUGGAGACAAAAUUAUAAUAUGAAUGUACAAGCAUAUCAUUUUAUAAGCAUCUGCUUUACCUCAAAACCUGAUGUCAAUAUUCUCUCUCAAGAAGAGGUAGAAUGCAGCCUUUUAGAACAUAUUUCCACUUAUAUACUUUCUAUUUUUGAACAUUCAAUGAACAGUUUCCUAAACCACAUCUCUUUUGUAAUUGUUAAGUAGUGAAAGUGAUGUAUAGAAACCACCUUGUCCCAUUGAAACUUUAGAUGUUUUGUUCAAAGCUACUUCAUAUUUUCUGAGGUCAGAGCAUAAUUUAAGGGUGAUUUUAUCUUGAUGAGACCAUUGCAGGAUACCGGUAUGCACUAUGUGCAUUUAAAUUUGCUAUAUAUAUAUAUAAUAUGCGUGCAAUGCUCUUGAUCUAAUGAAUCUGUACUUUCACAAUCACGGCAACAAGUCUUUCCAAUUAUGGUGAUGUCAAGUCUUUCCAACCACGACAUGAUGUUAAAGGACAAUCAAACCUUAGUAAUCUAAUGAUUCGAGUGGAGUAGAGGAUAUUGAAAAUAUCAUUUUUUUUUCUCAACACACUGAAAACUUUACCUCAAAGUUUUUUUGGCAAUCAAUUGCUGCCUCUAUCGGUGAUGUAUCCCGAACUAGCUUUGCUGGCAUAAUGAUGAAAAUUUUGAGGAAAAAAUCGAGAUUUUCAGUAUAAUUUCGCUGGCAAUCAUCUAAACCUGAUAGUAAUAGGGUAUACAGACGCGGAUCCAGGCUGGGAGGGGGGGGGUGGUGCACAGUAAACUUUGAAAAUAUACUGAUGUACCCUAAAAUGGAUGCACCCUGUAAAAUGGAGUGAUGACCUUUUUUUUUCUUGUCAAAAUUUUUGGGAGACAAAUAGGUCUUCAUUUUGGACUGUUGAUCCCAUAAAAUUCCGACCCUAGAUCCGCGUCUGGUAUGGUAAAGUCAUGAAGCUUUGCCCCCCAAAAUAUGAGAUUUAAGUUGUCGAUGGGGCAUAAAUUUUGCAUUUUUGAGGAUAAGCAAAUGUGGGAGCUAACUCUGUUUAUUUGUAACUAUUUGGCCAAUUUGAAAUCAUGCAUAUGACUAUUGAAAACCCAUGAUCUUCUCGUGUGUCAGAUCUCCUUAUCUGCUAUUCAUCUUCCAAGCAGACCCACUUAACAUAAAAGUUUUUUUUCCCUGUAGGGGUCUUCAAGUGUAUUCUACCUGAAUUCAUGAAAUUAAUAGAUUUAUAUAUGUAGGUCUGGAUAAUGAAAGUGUCAUUGAUUAGGGUUUUACUUCAUGAAGUUGUAGUUGGUGAAAGUUUCAAUAAAUUGCAUUUAGUUUGAAAGGAUAGAUAUAGAACCCUGUUGUUUUUUUUUUUUUA